GCAGCGGCAAACUUCAAAGCCAUAAAUCUUCCUCCUGACUGGCUGGCGGCCCAGCAAAGUCCUUAUCAAAUUCUUGGAGGUGAUCCUGGCGCAGUCAGACAGUCCGCGGAGAUCGCGCUGAGCCUGGGCUGGCGGGCUGGCUGGCCGAGACUGGCCGAGUCGGCGAGGGGGGAGAAGAAAUCAGGGGCGGAGGGCAAGGAAACGGGGCAGCUUUUUGGCUGCCUCUUGGCGACUUUAUGUCGCGGCAGUGGCCCUCUGGCCUCUUCUCCCUCCGGACGCGAUAGCCAUGGCCGCGGUGGCUGUCCUGCGAAGCGACUCCCUGCAGGCGUUUCUUCAGGAUCGGACCCCCAGCGCCUCUCCCGACUUGGCCAAGCACUCACCUCUGGCUCUCCUGGCCGCCACCUGUAGCCGGAUCGGGCAGCCGAGCGCGCCGGUCGCUCCCUCGGAUUUCCUGCAGGUCUCCUACGAGUCAAGCUUGGGCUCCCCGUCCAGGAUCUUUCACCCGUGGAGCAGCGAGAUGCCAGCCCACUCCCCGGGCGGACUGCCUCCCCCGCCGCCGAGCCUCGGGCUCACCCCGCAGCCGGCUUUCGCGGGCGGCCACGAGCUGCCGCUGACGCCCCCCGCAGAUCCAUCGUACCCCUACGAAUUUUCGCCCGUCAAGAUGCUCCCGGCUUCCAUGGGCGCCCUCUCCUCCAGCUGCCCUCCACCGGCUUACGUGCCCUACGCCGCCCAGGCGGCCCUCCCGCCGGGCUAUUCUAACCUGAUGCCCCCGCCGCCCGCCCCGCAGUCCUGCCGGCAGCUCUCGCCGGCGCCCGAAGAUAUCCCUUGGUGGAGCAUCCAACAGGCGGCGCCAGGCCCAGGCACUUGCGCACAUCGCUUCGCGGCCGCCGGGGGCCUUCCGCGCGGGCUGGUGUUGGCGCCUUCGGAGCUGGCGCAGUACCAGUCGCAGCUGGCCGCCCUGCUGCACCCCAAAGCGCCCCUGGCGGCCACAGCCAGGAGGUGCCGCCGCUGCCGGUGCCCCAACUGCCAGCUAGCAGCAGGCACCGGGCCCGACGCCACCGCCGAGCCCGGGAAAAAGAAGCAGCACGUGUGCCACGUCCCCGGCUGCGGGAAGGUCUACGGCAAGACGUCGCACCUCAAGGCGCACCUGCGCUGGCACACGGGCGACCGGCCCUUCGUGUGCAACUGGCUCUUCUGCGGCAAGAGCUUCACGCGCUCCGACGAACUCCAGCGGCACCUGCGAACUCACACCGGCGAGAAGCGCUUCGGAUGCGCCGAGUGCGGCAAGCGCUUCAUGCGCAGCGACCACCUGGCCAAGCACGUCAAAACGCACCAGAACAAGAGGCUCAAGGCCGGCCUUGGCCUCGGCCUGGCGGGGGGCGACGGGCGCGCUUGCGCAAUCAAGCGAGAGGAGUCGCGGGACUUGUGACCUGUUGCUUGGUGUUGGUUGAGUUGAGGCGCUUUUGCGCUGCUUCUGUUUCCUCAGCCGCCCCUUGCAGGUUUCGGAGCGGGCCGCUUUCUCCUGCCGAGAAAAAUUCCACUUCAGCCCCAUACAGAAUCUGGACAUUUCGGGAAAAACCUAGAGAGCUCUUUAUUUGGAGACCAUUAAAGAGGAGCUAGGAGGACACACACACCCGGAAAUUUUCCAAAGUAUGCAUCUUAGAGGCUUGCAUUAGUUAGACCGAUUUCCUUUGAGAAGCAGUUGGAAAAUCCUUGGUCAGGAGACCUAAGGGAUUGAUAGUUUUCCUUGGAUUCGGAUCUUCACCCUCUGGAACCCAUAGUCCUUGUUUGUGUGCUUUGAAGUGCAACCAUGAAAUCCAUCUGCGGAUUUGGAACUGCUCUGUGGAUCUGAGAUUAGCCUUCUGUGAAGAGGUUUUGUUUUUCCUUUGGAUCUCCCGCAACCCCCUACACACACUUUUUUGAACUCCAGAUUAAAGCUAUCCUAAGAUCUCAUCUUCCAUCCAACUCCUCCAAAGGAUUACGGCUUCAUUGUCAGAUGCUUGUGGCCAAAAGACUGUGGUCCCAUCUUCCACCACAUUUGGAAACAUCUGGCCAUAAUGGACCAGAAUGCUUUUUUAAAAAAAAAAAGAAAAAGAAAAAUAGAAACAGCAACAUUAGCCUGGUUAUUGAGUGUCUAGGUAUACUUUUUUGCCUUGUAUUUAGGGCAGUGUUUCUCAACCUUGACCAUUUUAAGGCAUGUGGACUUCAACUCCCAGAAUUCCACAGCCAGCAAUGCUUAAGUCCACAUGCCUUAAAAUGGUCAAGGUUGAGAAACACUGGUUUAGGGUGAGAGAUCAGCCCUUUGUAUACAGUUUAUUUAAAGCUUUGGGAAAAAUCAUUCCUCUUUCCAUCCCUCCCCUUAUUUUUAUUCUUGACUCCCUUAUGGGGACUACACCAUGAGAAGUUUGAAGUGACCCACAGUGUGUCAGCAUGCUAAAAUAAAUGCAUCAACCCUGGGGUCAUAUUGGAAAGAUCACACUGAGCUGAUUUCAUCUGAUUGUUUAUUUCUUUUGAAACUUUUUGAACAUAUACCACUAAGCCAUUUUAAGUGUUUGUUUCACUUCAACCAAUGCCCCAUUUAGUUGGAGAGCACCUUAGUAUGAGCUCCAACCUGCAGCUCAUAUUAACUCAGCAUUGAAAAGAUCACCUAUAUUUUCCUUGUGGAAUAUAUUAUGAUGGUAUAAAAUGUGUGAGUUUUUAUUGCUUUAUCUAUUUUUUUUAAAACAAUGAUUGAUCAGAGUUGUAACAUUAAAACAUUACAAGGAAACAAUAAUGUAUAUAUACUGUUUGCACCCCAGUGGAAAACUGCAAAGUACAAGGAGCUUGAUCCAAAAAGAGAAACAGAAAUCAACUACUGUACAAUUAUAUUGAAGAAUUUAUGUUUAGCGGUGUUAAAAUCAGCAAGACUUAUUUCUGUGUAAUAAGAACCACCACACCAAAGUUAAAGUAUGUUUUUAUUUAACUUCCAUUGUCUUCAUUGGGUUUAGGAGUGCUUAACUUGCAAGAUCAUGCUUAAGGUCGAAAAAGCACCAUACAGUAUGACUUGUUACUAGAAGAUAUAUUAUAUGGCAGUAUAAUGCUGUAGGAGUAUGGUUUGUCAGAGUCUUGCCAUUUUUGUUCAGUCUUCUGCACUGCUAAAAUUGUUUCACAUUGAAAUUGUUUCCCCAUCUUUAAAUGGACAAGAUGAAAAUCAAGAAAAUCAAGUUUGAAGUUUCUUUUUCAUUUCCAGAUGUCAGAAAAAGGCUGCAGUUUUGUACCAUAUGCGCAUAACUUGGGAGUGAGAUUUAUUAAGUGCUCCUAACGCACCUAGAAAAUAUCCAACUUUUUCUGAGCCACAGAUUUUAUUUCUCUAUUAUAUAAACAUUUAUCAAAGCAGUGAGAGCCCCUAAGCGUUCAUCUUGUAAAGCCUGCAAACUGUCAGAUCUCAGCCCUGUAAAUUUGUAAUAUAAAUAUAAUACAAAAGGAAAAUUCCGUAUUCUUUGAAAAAUAA